UUGGAAACCGAGACGGCGGCGGCGGCGGCGCGGAGGCGCGGCGGCGGGGCGGUGGGCUCAUUCCCGGCGCGGUGUGGCUCUAGCGCGGGCCGCUCUUCCGCACCCUGCUCCGGCCUCGACCGCGGCGAGCCUGAGCGCGGCGGCGGCCCACCUGCGGAGACAGGUAGAGAUGAGCAGCAGCAGCAGCAAGAGAGCUCCGACAACAGCAACCCAGAGACUGAAGCAGGACUACCUUCGGAUUAAGAAAGACCCAGUGCCUUACAUCUGUGCUGAACCCCUCCCUUCUAACAUCCUUGAAUGGCACUAUGUUGUCCGAGGCCCUGAGAUGACCCCUUAUGAAGGUGGCUAUUAUCAUGGAAAGCUGAUUUUCCCCAGAGAAUUUCCUUUUAAGCCUCCUAGUAUUUACAUGAUAACACCUAAUGGAAGGUUUAAGUGCAACACGAGGCUGUGUCUCUCCAUCACAGACUUCCACCCUGACACGUGGAACCCAGCCUGGUCUGUCUCUACUAUCCUGACUGGACUGCUGAGCUUCAUGGUGGAAAAGGGCCCCACCCUGGGCAGUAUAGAGACAUCGGACUUUACGAAAAGACAACUGGCAGCACAGAGUUUAGCAUUUAAUUUAAAAGAUAAAGUUUUUUGUGAAUUAUUUCCUGAAGUUGUGGAGGAAAUUAAACAAAAACAGAAAGCACAAGAUGAACUCAGUAGCAGGCCGCAGACUCUACCCCUGCCAGAUGUGGUUCCCGACGGGGAAACGCACCACGGCCAGAACGGGAUCCAGCUUCUCAAUGGGCAUGCGCCUGGUGCUGGCCCAAACCUGGCAGGGCUGCAGCAGGCCAACAGGCACCAUGGACUCCUGGGUGGCGCCCUGGCGAACUUGUUUGUAAUAGUUGGGUUUGCAGCCUUUGCCUACACGGUCAAGUACGUGCUGAGAAGCAUAGCGCAAGAGUGAGCCACAGCCCAGUUACCUCGGGGACAAAGGUACCAGAGUUUGACUUGGGCCAGCGGGACAUGCUGUCGAGCCAGGGCAGGCCCACCAAAUUCCUGGGUUUCACUUUUUAAAAACUUUAAAAGGAAAGCAAAAACCAAAACGUGUGAUUUGGAGGAAAUUCAAGAUUCUCAACUUUUCUCACCCAGUGAAGCAUCUACCGGGGGCUGGCAUCGUUGACAGCGGCACAUGCUUUGGUUUUAUGGCUUAUCUCCUGUAUUGUCUUUUGGACCUGUUUAGUAAACCUGUUUUUCAUUUUAUUAGACCUGGUCACUUAAAAAUACAAAGUCAAUGCCUGUCUCGCACCCUCUGUGCGUCCUUAGCGGAGCUCUUGCCUCCCUGUAAGCUGGAGGCUGGAGGUGGAGCCGGUACUGGGAACGCUGUCCAGGUGGUAGGGGUUGUGUUGGUUGGCCAGUGAUGGGUCCAGGAGAGGUGAUUGGGACUCACCAUAACAAUGUGCUUGUGGUCCUUCAGAAUGAAACAGAAUCCUUCCAGAAAGUGUUUGUGCAUUUCUCGGGCAUGGUACAAGCCUGCACUCCUUGGGUCUGGCCGCAAGGAGUCGCCCUUUACCUAGAGCUGCCAUGACAAGGCCAGAGGCAGGUGGCUGCUAGAGCUGGCUAUGUGUGCCUCAGCCUCACUCUAUAAUCAGCUUCCUUUCAGCUCUCUGAGUGCUGUGGAGCUGCAGGUCCUGGGUCCUGCAGAGCCUUUUCUCUGAAUUCUCACACCUAGCUGGCUGGACCCUGCCCUCCUGUGCUGGGCGAGGGUGGGAGACCCAGGCCCUGUGGGCUGGUGCUGUGUACGCUGAGGCUUCCCUCCACUGGCCCCAGUUCCUCUGUGAUGGCCCACACUUUCUGCCUGGUCACAGAAAGUUAGCUGCCCCAGAGGCAUCCGGACUGUGUUGGCCUCAGCCUUCUGUGUUGUCUUCAUCUCCUUUUUCAGCCUUUGGGUUUAGUGGUGCCACCUGCACACAUGUGCGUCACAGAAAACCAAUGUCUGUAAGGCACCAGGUGGGGGCAGUGCUGCUGUGUCUAGGGUGGACACAGGCCCCUGGUACCCCCUCGUUCUAGUGUUGAGCAGUGGAGCUGGGUGCAGCCUCUAUGCUCAUCUCUACUGUGUUUUCUAGUCGGUUUAUUUAAAGUUGCCCUGUCAUUUACCACUUGUACAUUUGACCUACUCUUGUGAGAGCCCUUUCAUUGCUCUUCCCUUCCUAAAUCCCAUACUGUAUGUGUUGUGUUAGAGCAGACACGAGUCCUCACUGGGUGGCUUAGAGCCGAGUGUCUGUGGUGAGGCCUCCUCUCCCAGCGGCUUCCUGACCCUGCACCUGUGCUGCCUGCCUGGCCUGGGGCUUUGGUCCCAGAGGUGCCUGUGUGUAGCUGAGGUGCACAUGCCUUCCUGUGCUGGAUGCCGGCUACUUGAGGGCACCUCUCUGGCCAUUGGUGCCAGUUUCCUGAGGCUCUUGGGGCAGAAUGCUAGCAUACUUAGCUUGGACCUAACACAUUAUUUUCUGUACGUGAGAUCUCAACUCUUAACAGCUCCUGGUCAGUGGUGACGGACCCUGUGGUGCCCACAGUGUGUUGCCUGCACUGACUCAAAUAAAAGGUGACCUUUGUCCUGUUGGA